AUGUCCGACGGCUGCCUAAAAGACGAUGUCAGCGAGCAGCGUUGUAAAAGGUUGAAAAUUGACAAUGAAAACGGCAACAAUCUAAAUGACAAUCAGUUAGAAUUGAAAGACUUUGUUUUGGAGAAAAUAUUGAACAAUAACACUAACAGGAAAACAGCUUGUGUGGUUGGAAAAUUCAAAGACAAAAGUGGCGUGGCGCUAAUCCUAUUCGAAAAAAAUGCUUUCAAGGAAAAUGACCUAAGUGAAGAGGGUUAUUUCUCCAAAGAAACUCAGCUCAAAACGUUUUUCGAGAACGAUAUUUACGGAAACUUCGAGUGUUUCCCGCCUUCAACUAUAAACGGUGUGAAAACUACAAUAAUCUACCCAGCCACUGAUAAGCAUAUUGCGAAAUUUAGCCAGCAAGAAGUUCAUAUUGUGCUGGAGACUCCAGAGUUAUAUAAAGAACUGACAUUGCCUCAUCUAGAGAAAGAACAGUUCAAUUUGCAGUGGGUGUACAACAUUCUAGAAGGUAAAAGCGAGCAAGAUAGAAUUGUACAUGACAAUAAAAGUGAAAAGGAAGGAUUUGUGCUCCUCCCCGAUCUGAAGUGGGACGGUCUUACCAAAGAGACAUUGUAUUUAUUGGCUAUUGUCAGACAAAGAGACAUAAAAAGCCUUAGAGAUUUGGACGAGCAGCAUUUACCAUUGUUAAAGAGGAUUAGAGACGAGGGAAAGAAAACCAUUUUAGAAAAAUAUCAGGUGCCUGGAAGUCAAUUGCGUAUAUAUCUGCAUUACCAGCCUUCUUUCUACCAUCUGCAUAUCCAUUUCACUUAUCUACGCCACGAGGCCCCUGGAAUCUAUGCAGAGAAAUCACAUCUACUCGACACCGUCAUUGACAACAUUACAAUGAUGCCCGACUAUUAUAAGAAAGCCACAUUACCAUUCACCAUAAGAGAAAUGGAUAGUAUUUUUAAUAUAUAUGAAACAAAUGGACAAGUCAAACGCAUACAAAACGCUAAUCUAAUUGUUAAGUAGAUCAUUUUUAUAGACUAAUUAUUA